AUGAUGGAAAUGGGUUUUUGGCACAAGGGCGGACGCGAAGAAUGGCCAGGCGAGGUGGCAGAGUCUCGUGGGUGUAGACAAAGCGGACGACAAAUCUGCGACGAACACCGGGAAGGAGAGUGUGCCGCUAAUCCCCCAGACAAUGCUACCAUGCUGCCCUGUUUGUGCGAUUCCGAUUGUUCUAGCGCACUGAAAUGUUGUCAUCACCCAAAAGGACUAACAUGUCAGGCACCUGUGUCUCCUUCAUCGUCAACGACGCUGGUAUGUGGAAUAAAUGAACAGUUCUCGGCUUGUCAUACACCUUGCCAACCGUCAUGUGACGAUCCGACAUUGCUACCGUGCCCACCGCCGAUUUGCACUCCAGGUUGUCAUUGUCAGCCAGGGUUCAUUCGUGCCGAUGGUUCCUCGAGGUCUGCGUGUGUGCCUCGCGCGGCUUGCGCUAUGUACGACAUGUCAACGCGAUGUCUGGACGAACGACGUCAGUAUCACAGCUGUGGGUCAGCUUGCCCGAUUAGCUGUUCAACGAGGAACUCGCCUAGGUGUCACGAAAGUUGCGUUUCUGGAUGUUUUUGUAAGAUUCCGUACAUUCUUGAAAAUGGAAACGAUCCGCUCCAUUCGAAGUGCAUUCUUCCAUCGCAAUGUCCUCUACUCACUGCAACUGUUCGACAAAAUCCGAGCAACUCUAUGACAGUCGUUGCCGACGUGAACAAGGAAUGGCUUCAGAAAAAUCUCGCUGGAUUCUACUCAACGCCCGGAGCGCCUACCAUACUACCGCAUACUAGUCACUGUAGCGACCCUUUGAAGAACUACUUAAAUUGUGGAACUAAAUGCCCUGCAGGCUGUGUUUGUAGAGAGCCAUAUGUGCUACAGGAUCCCAUGGAUCCAUCGUCACGCUGCGUACUGCCUUCAGAAUGCGAAAGAAAAUGCAAUGAUCCACUUAAGGAGUUCGUCGUAUGUGGUUCUUCGUGUCCAGUCGCAUGCAACAACCGCCGCCCUCAAAGCUGCACACCGUGCGAAUCCGGCUGCUUCUGUAAAAAUGGUUUGGUAUUUCUAAAUUCAACGGACUGGAGAAACUCAGACUGCGUUCGGCUCGAAGAAUGUCCUGAUUUCACUGAAGAAACAACAGGAUCAGCAGCUACUACAGUUCCACACUCAACAGAAAGUAGCUAUACAGAAGAACACGGACUAAUACUAUCUAGAAAGCAGGAUAUUGGAUUUUCACCUAAAUGUCCAGGAACUACGGUAGAUGUUGGUGGCAGGUCUUGUUCAGAAGACUCAGACUGCCCAGCAGAGCAGCGUUGUUGUCGUCCUUUAAUCGUCUCACUGGGUGUAAAUCCCCAACGAUGCACUUGCGCCGACCCUCAUGCAGUCUGGUCAGCCUGCGGCAGCCUUUGUCCUGAGUAUUGCGGACAACCGGGGGUUCCUCACUGCUCAACGACGUGUAAUGCCGGCUGCCACUGCGCGCCAGGAUAUGUAAAAUCCGGAAAUGACGUCACUGCACCAUGUGUCCCACGAGAGAAGUGCUCUAAUCACACGACUGCGACUAACGACGAACCGCAUGCUACAAUCAAAGAAAUACCUUUUACUCCUAAGAAUCCAUUCACUGAUCAACAGCUCGCGACAGCAAAUCUCGUACCAGCUAAGAAAUCUGUAAGCGGACGAUUCAGUUUUGUGCAGAUCAGCGCAAACAAUCUCCGAAUCAGUGGAGUUCUUAGUGGUCUACCACCGGGUGAACAUGCGGUCCUGAUACAUCAGUUCGGAGACCUCGCAGAUGGGUGCUCUCGUCUGGGGCCGCCUUUCUUGUUUAGGGGAGGCAUGGGUACACCAUCAUUAGGUGACGUUGUUGCUGACGAAUCCUCAUCCGCCUCGUUCACUCGGGUAGUUGACUGGCCAAUUGCUGAAGUGAUUGGGCGAUCUAUCGCCAUUUACAGGUUUUCCACCGCCGAGUACUCCUUGCAAGUUAAGGACGAAGGGCCACUUGCCUGCGGGACGAUCGGUUUAACUGCGUUCUCGUGA